ACUCACACAGUCGUGACCGAGAGCUGAAAUGGCGCAAAGAGUUCAACUUUUUCACAGCUCUGCUGGACCUGAAGAUGUGGCUUGUGAUGUUUGUAUGGACAGGAAGAGGAAAGCUGUCAAGUCUUGCUUAAACUGCUUGGCUUCAUACUGCAGGGAUCACCUACAGCCUCACUAUAAUGCUCCCCCAUUACAAAAACACAAGCUGGCGAAUCCCUCCACAAAGCUCAUGGAGAAUUUCUGCCCCCAUCAUGAUGAGGUGAUGAAGAUCUUCUGUCGUACUGAUCAGCAGUGUAUCUGUUUUCUUUGCACUAUGGAUGAACAUAAAGGCCAUGAAACAGUCCCAGCUGCAGCAGAAAGAGCUGAGAAGCAGAAGGAGCUCCAGGAGAGUCGCCAACAAAUCCAUCAGAGAAUCCAGGACCAAGAGAAAGAUGUGAAGCUUCUUCAACAGGAGGUGGAGGCCAUCAAUGUCUCUGCUGAUAAAGCAGUGGAGGACAGUGAGAAGAUCUUCACUGAGCUGAUCCGUCUUCUCCAGAAAAGAAGCUCUGAGGUGAAGCAGCAGAUCAGAUCCCAGCAGGAAACUGAAGUGAGUCGAGUCAAAGAUGUUCAGGAGAAGCUGGAGCAGGAGAUCACUGAGCUGAAGAGGAAAGACGCUGAGCUGGAGCAGCUCUCACACACAGAGGAUCACACCCAGUUUCUCCUCAACUACCCCUCACUGCCAGCACUCAGGGAGUCGACACACUCAUCCAGCAUCAACAUCCGUCCUCUGAGACACUUUGAGGACGUGACAGCAGCUGUGUCAGAGCUCAGAGACAAACUACAGGACGUCCUGAGAGACUCAUGGAGAAACAUCAAAAUGGAAAUCACUGAGGUGGAUGCUGUAAAGUCAGAACCAGAACCAAAUAGCAGAGCUGAAUUCAUAAUAUAUUCAGGAAAAUUCACUCUGGAUCCAAACACAGCACACACUAUGCUAUUUUUAUCUGAGGGGAACCGAAAAGCAACAGUAAUGAAACAAAAACAGUUUUAUCCUGAUCAUCCAGACAGAUUCACUGAUUAUCGUCAGGUUCUGAGUAGAGAGAGUCUGACUGAACGUUGUUACUGGGAGGUGGAGAUGAGAGGAGAAGGAGUUUAUAUAGCAGUUUCAUACAAGAACAUCAGCAGAGCAGGAAGAUCAAUGGAUGCUAUACUAGGAUUCAAUGACAAAUCAUGGUCAUUAUACUUUGACAAAGGCUGUUACAAAUUCUGGCAUGAUAGAGUUGAAACUCCAGUAUCAGGUCCAGUUUCCUCCAGAAUAGGAGUGUACCUGGACCACAGAGCAGGUAUUCUGUCUUUCUACAGCGUCUCUGAAACCAUGACUCUCCUCCACAGAGUCCAGACAACAUUCACUCAGCCUCUACAUGCUGGGAUUGGUCUUUCUGAAGGAUCCUCUGCUGAGUUUGUUAAUCCUAAAUAUUCAUCAGUGAUCUGAGGCCCAGGUGGUUAAAAUAUGUAUUUUUGUUUCAAUUUCUUUAGUCUCCAUCAUUGUUGGUGAGAGCUCAUUGUUAUCCAAUGUUAUUUCUUCACUGCUCAGAGAUCAACUGUCUUUAUGGAGCUACUUUGUCAGCUUGUUUGUUGUCUUGUGGUUAGGGAUUACCCUAACCACAAGACAACAAUAGGCUACCCUAAGUCUAUCUUGUGGUUAAAAUGCAAAUACAGAUCAGCAGAUAGAAAUUGCAAUUAUCAUCAUAUCAUCAUCAAUCAAGAUAUCAGUCAUUAUUUUAUUAGACAAAGAUCAGACCCAGGAUCAAGCUGUUUAUGGAGAUUAAUCAAAUGAGCAGAAAGGUGAACAACAGUUUUCAUCAAAGUUUAAUGUUCUGUUUCAAUUAAAUAUAUGGAUUAAAAUUAUUAAAAUGUUA